UGCCAAAUCGAAAGUAAACUGGAUGAGGAAAUAAAGAAAUCACACUAGCAAUACGCGCUGUCCUCUCCUGCACCCGUACACGUCUGAUUUCAUUAAAAAAAAACAUAUUUAUUUGAUUGAACUUGAAAACUUUGCUUAGUCAUGUCAAAGACAUCCACCCUGAAAAUAAGCAGCGCCAGUGCAGUGAAGGUGGAACACUUCCGUCAGUCACUGUACCAAGAGGCAGAGACUCUGUUCUCCAACUACAUCCCACUGAAGAUAAUACAGCUGGAUGCUCUGCUCAGGGACGAUGCCCUCAGCCUCAGUGAUAAGUCCUCUCUCCAGGCUCCGCUGGACAUCCCCAUACCCGACCCUCCUUCCCCAGAGGACGAUGAAAUGGAGACAGACAAGAACGAAGACGAUGAGAAGAAAAAGAAGAAAGCUCCAAAAUGUGGCUUCAUCAAGGGGAACGAGAAGAUUAUGACGCUUCUAGAGAGGGUGAAACCAGAGAUAGUGGCUCUUAGAGAGACCAUCAUUGUUGUGUCCUGCUGGAUUCAACAUCUCAUCCCAAAGAUAGAAGAUGGGAAUGACUUUGGAGUUGCCAUUCAGGAGAAAAUCUUGGAGAGAAUCGCUGCUGUGAAGACCAAAGUUGACGGAUUUCAGACGAACAUCAACAAGUACUUCUCAGAGAGGGGAGAUGCUGUUGCCAAAGCCUCAAAAGAGACUCAUGUGAUGGACUACCGCUCGCUCGUCCACGAGAAGGACGAGACCAUCUACUCAGAGAUCAGAGUGAUUGUUCUUGACAUUCGUGGCUUUUACGCAGAGCUUUACGACAUCAUCAACAAGAAUCUGGAAAAGGUGACCAAUCCAAAAGGAGAGGAGAAGCCCUCCAUGUAUUGAAGCUGGUGGGAGGAGGAGGUGAUGAUAUGAUCAGAUUCUUCAAACCUCUGCUUAACAGCUGUAUUGAUCAUCUGGUGUACUCAAUAUCAGUCAACUCUGUCUGUUCAGUCAUGCUGCAUGUUCAUGUAAAUCAGUUAAAAAAAACAUUUUAAAAAGUUAAACAUUUGGAAUAAGUCUCACUUCCCAAUUUUGCUUAUUCAGUUCAAUAAAUAGAAAAAAUAACUGGAUCAAGGUUUUUAUCACUGCUGUAUGGAUUUAGUUUUGUACAAACACUUGCACUAAAUUUAAGUUGUUGUGUUCGACUAUGAGAUUAAAAAUAAGUGAAAAAAUGAAUAAA